AGGCCAUGAUUCCAUAUAUAUAUAAGAAAAUAACGAUAGUGAUUAGAUAAACAUGGAGAAGAUUUUAAAUAUAAAGAGGACAGGUGGCAUUCAAAAAAAAAAAUGGUCCGGCACCUAGUUUAAGCUGAAGAAUUGUGUUUUCAACAAGAGCAACACAAUCCCCAUUUAAUGCCGGUAGUGAAAAGGAAAUGGUGAUGACCAUGUAUUCACAACAGCUAUGGCAGCAGGCCAUCAAAGUUACAGCAUCACUUGAGUUGAGUUGGUGCUGCUAAAAAUACAUUUGGCUAAAGGUCACAUGUGAGUUGCAGAUUAAACCAGAGAGAGAGCUAACAGGUAACACCCCUGUUUAUACUCCUGCAUUCAUAAUUCAGUUCACCUACAAUAAUAUUGCUGCGAAUUGGCGAAACCUUGUUUGAGUUUGUGCUGAAAGAAAAACCUCAGCCUCACAAAUAAGGAAACUCUGACUGGAUCAGCACCUAAUAGAGUUUGUUCCUGUGACUAACAAACACAGCUUCAGCGCCUUCAUUUAGCAACACAGCAAACAGUGUGUUGUUAAGAAGUGGUAAUACCGUGGUUCUGUAAUGCACUGGGACAAGUCAGCGGUCCCCACUUCGUUGGCUGUCCACAUAUAGCGCUCGCCUAAAACGGCAGCAGAUUAACUGUAAGGUGCUUAUAAGAUUGUAUGGAUCCUCGAGCGGCUAAAAGUGGAGAAGAAACACUCUGGAGAGACGGUUCAUCGUGAAGUGAGAUUACCUGGGUUUUUAGUGGCUGCAUCCUGGACAUACAAAAAUACAAUUCUAUGUAAACAGUCCAGAUGUACAAAGAUGUAAACCUCUGUGCAGUACGACAUGUCUAACAGUGCAUUACAGUGAUGGUUCUAAAAUGUUGGAGAUCAAAUAAAACAUCUGAAUGGAUUCAAAUCAUAUAAAUUCAAUGAACAUGAGACUGAAACAUAUUCUAACAGAUCCAUGGCAUUGAUCACGACCUAUUGCCCCUGUGCCUUUUAAAUCUCAUUAGAGGAUUGAAUGAGGUUUAGGAAAGAUAAGUUACCUUUCAUUCAUCCACUACAGACUGUGCGUACAUGACUUACACUAACUCUAACAUCUAACCUGUCUUGACCCAAGACAAAGGUUAAUAAAUGAAUCAAUACACAGUGGGUAUUGCUGGCAGUCAGUAGAUGUCAUGCAAACUAAAUGACUAACCAACCAAGGAACCCACUCUGACUAGAUAGACAGUGCUGUUUCCCCUUCAAACCCAGGUGGGGUUUUUGGCCCAGUGAAGCGCGUAACGGCUGUAUCAGAAUGACUGUCAAUGCUUAUAACAGUAUACACAGGAUACAGAAAAACAGAAGCAUUCAUCUUAUGCAAAACUGGGCAGGGUUCUUUUUUUUUUAAAAGAUCUUGUCUACAAAGUGGCCGGAAGAGCAGUUGCUACUGACUUUGGGUGGACGUGGCAUGGAGAGGUUUCAUAUUUAUAUAUCAUCACCUUCGCCAAGGAGGCUAUGUUUAUUAUCUGUUUGUUUGUUACUUAGCAGGAUAACCAAGAAAAGUUUUGCAACCAAUUUCUGUGACGUGGAGUUUUUUAUUUACUUUUCUUAAACGUGACGGGAUGCCGUGUUUACUUUGGCGAAGGUGUCCACUCACUGAGCAUCUUCCUGGUGUUUGUACGUCAUGGUACCUCAACAGGAAGCCCAACCAGGAGAGACAACUGGGAUUUCUACUAAAAGUGAAGUAACUCCAUUUGUAAACCUUUACAAGACUGUCUAUUCAAGCCUUCACCAUAAAAAAUAAGUCAAACACAAAAUGAAAAAGCCUGAGCACUAUCAGUUUUCAACCAGGUCAGUCAAAACCCUUUGUUUGACCAAUAUCUACCCAACUGCAGUGGUGUUUCUAAUGUUACAUUAAAAAGCCUCAUGUAACUCAUAAGGGAGCCACUGCCCCCCAUCUCAUCACCCUUUCUAAACAGUUUUGAAUUUCUCACAAUGGUGCAUACUACAGCAGGAUUAACAACUUUUUCCUGCACUGUUAUGAAUAUUAGAGCUGUGCAUGUGAGUGAACAGCUAGAAGUUAUAUGCAGAGCACUAAUGCAGAAUGAUCGGGAAAGCAGCUUUAAUGGUUUAGACUGCUUAACUUUGUAUCUGCUUGUUAAGUCCGGGCUGUUGAUCCGGCGGAGUGAUGUGCUGCACCGGCGUCCUGUCUGGUCAGCUUUAAACAGAUCUCAUACCUUGUCCCCGUAUGACAGUUGAACACAGGCCAAACACGAACCCCAGCCAAUCGAAUUAAUUAUCUUUUACCGCCAAGGUGUGACAAGCCAUAAAAUCCAUCAUCCAGCUCCCUCAUUAAUCAAUCAAUUACACUUGGCUGAGGUUGGUGUGAAGAUCCUCCAUUGAUCCGCCAGACACAGAUUUACCUCUUUAGCUGUGCGUCAGGUCAGAGGCUGGAUCCACCUCAGAUCACCGACAAUGGGUGUAGAUAACAAACAAUAGAAGCCUAGUAUUUACUUUAGAGUUUAUGUUAAAGCCACUAUUGUAAUCCAGUUUAUUAUCCUGUAAACUAAACAUGGAUCAGCCAGAGUGUCCUUGCUACAUGCUAAUUACUGCUACUAAUUUGCUGAAUUAAUCUCAGUCACAACUAUAAACGGAAGAAUUGACAAGCAUGAUGGUUUUGUCAUCAACCUGAGACUUGAUGCACGGCAGUAAGUCGGCCGCUCACUUAGAUUUCUGUAAACCUGCCGUGUGCACAGAUUGUGCAAGGCUUGGUCGAGCAGCCAUCUGUCUCCCUGGCCACCAAAAUCCAACUAAUACCACUCUUCUCUUCUCUAAGCCCCAAGAAAGGAUUUCCUUGCACAUUCACACAGUCUAUUUCAUGAGACAAUGUUUUCGCCUCUGUGAGGUAUUUUAAAAUGUCGCAGCUUGGAGGAUAUCAGUUUAACAAGUACUUCAUUCGGGUAUUUCUACCAUAGAGUCACUGAAACAGCCACUACAUUUUUACAUCGUGGAGAAGUAGAUGCCCUUCAGGUCUCCUUAUGUUAGCGGACAGUUCUAUUAGUUGUUUAUAAAUCAGGCUUCCAGAAGAAAGCUUUAGAAAAUUUGAUAUAUUCGCUUGUUAUUUUGUCGUGAUGUUCAGAAUAAACCCCUGGUUAAGUAAAAUUUGAUGUGCCUGUAGGGGAAUUUUUUUAUGUGAUAAUUAAAUCCUCAAUCCUACUCAAAUGAUAGGAAAAACAUGGAGGAUGGUGCGUGUGGCACAUGUACUAAAAAAUUACUGAUCAAGCCAAAAUCCAGCAGAGGUCAGGUGACUGUCAGAGUUUAUGUCCAGGUCUUGGCCUGUUUAUUUCGCACCAUAUGUUUUUGGCCCCGUCUGGCGCUCACACUGCCCACAUCUCCCCGAGCUUAUUCCUCUUACGGCCUGUACGCACAUUGUUUUUACACACGCCCCCCCCGGACCAAAGCAGUAGUGUUCUAACGAAGUAAUCAGAUUUUAAGCUGAAGGCAGGGCUCCUGGGUUGGAAGGUCAUGGUAUAAAAGCCAGGAGGCGGCAGUGAUUGCCACUCACUCGACACACUGUCAACAGUAACGGAUUACAGGAGGCAGCAGAGCAGAUUCAUUGACAGAACCGAUUGAUUGACUGAAUCUAUAACUUUGCCAUCAACAUGUCAAAGGUAUUUAAGAAGACCAGUGGCAAUGGACAUAUUUCUCUGUACUUGGGGAAGAGAGACUUUACGGACCAUGUGGAUUCAGUGGAAAUAGUCGAUGGGGUAGUUAAAGUGGACCCUGCUGGUCUUGAAGGCAGAAAAGUAUAUGUCUACCUCGCCUGUGCCUUCCGCUAUGGAAGCGAAGAAUUGGAUGUCAUUGGGCUGUCCUUCAGGAGAGACAUCUGGAUAAAGCGCAUUCAGGUGUAUCCACCUACAGGCGAAAGCGUCCCCAGCUCACCAAUGCUGGAAUCGCUCAUGAAGAAAGUUGGAGAGCAAGGAUGUCCCUUUUCCUUCCAGAUGCCAACAAAUCUCCCCUGCUCAGUUGCCCUGCAGCCAGCGCCAAACGAUUCUGGAAAGGCCUGUGGCGUGGACUUUGAGGUUAAAGCAUACCUGGCCAACGCACCCAGCAACGUAGAUGAGGAAAUUGAAAAGAAAGACACCUGCCGCCUGAUGAUUCGUAAAAUACAGUUUGCACCAGUUAACAACAAGCCCGGACCCAAGGCGGAAAUUUCCAAACAGUUCAUGAUGACUGACAAACCAGUUCACUUGGAGGCCUCCCUUGAAAAAGAGCUAUAUUACCAUGGAGAUCCUAUCACCGUCAAAGUAAAAAUCAACAACGAAACCGCUAAGGUUGUGAAGAGUAUCAAAGUCUCAGUUGAGCAGCUAACAAAUGUGGUCCUCUACUCAUCUGACACUUACACCAGGGCCGUUUGCACUGAGGAGUCCGGUGAGACAGUGAACGCCAACUCGAAACUGGAGAAGACCUUCACACUCACCCCCCUGCUGGCCAGCAACACAGAGAAGCGCGGGAUCGCAGUGGACGGGCGGCUAAAAGACGGGGACACCAACCUCGCCUCCACCACCCUGAGUGAUGGAGACAAGGAGAUGCAGGGAAUCGUUGUCUCCUACAAAGUCAAGGUCAAUCUGGUCGUGUCCGGCGGAGGCCUGCUGGGUGGUCUUACAUCAAGCGAUGUCUGUGUGGAGCUUCCUCUGUGUCUGAUGUCCCCAAAACCAGCAGCAGGACAGACAUCAAAUUCGAGUGAAGGGAUGAGAUGUCCAGCAAGGAAAAUCCCUUCUCUGACAGAGAACACAGAACACAAGGGAACCAAUGAAGAGAGUUACUAAUUCCCCUGGCAAAUGAACAUGUGACUGACAUCAGAUGGAUGCCAUUGUAGUUUAGAAAUAAACAUGUGUUGUACUUUUUUUUUUCUUUUGUGAGAGGAAAUGUCCCAUUGCGUAGAUAUUAGACUUUUCCCCCUAUGUUUCAUGCAAACGGACAAUGCAGAGAGCUAUUUAUUGUUGAUGUGUUAUUGCUUUGUCACUAGAGCCAUGCAAUCUUUUUGACCGAAUGUGCAGCCGUGGGACAAAUAUCCCAUAAAUACUCCCUCUUUAUAGACGAGAGAAGGAAAUAAACACAUCGU